AUGUUGCUCAACGAAAAGACCGCCGUUUCUACCUCCAAGGUGCUACUUGUACCAUAUUCUAAAUGGCACGUUCCAAGAUAUCAUGAGUGGAUGAAAGAUGAGGAAAUUCAAGAAGCCACAGCUUCCGAGCCCCUCUCCCUAGAAGAGGAAUACGCCAUGCAACAAAGCUGGCGCCAAGACCCCGACAAACUGACUUUCAUUGUCUGCCAACCUACGACUACACCACCACCAUCAAACUCGGAGUCCAACGAUGCCAGCGCGUCCGCAUCACCACUCGACGAGACCGCCGACGACCCCAGCCGCAUGGUCGGGGACAUCAACCUGUUCCUCCGAGUCGACGACGGCGAAGACGGCGAGUCGGAUCCCCAACUCAUCGGGGAGAUCGAGCUCAUGAUUGCCGAGAAGCGCAACCAACGGCAAGGCUACGGCAAGGCCGCGCUCCACACGUUCCUGCGGUACAUCGUGGACCACGAGACUCAGAUCCUGGAUGAGUUUGUGGCCGGCGAUGCCGCCGCUUUGCAGGCGAUGACCGGCUGCCAGCAACAACGACCCUGGCGGUUUGCGUGCCUGAGCGUGAAGAUCGGACAGGCCAAUGAGCGAAGUCUUGCGCUGUUUGAGGGGGCGCGCUUUGAGAAGGUCUCGGCUGAGCCGAAUUAUUUCGGUGAGUUUGAGUUGCGGCGAUUACGAGGGAGUUUGGAGCGUUCGGUGGUUGAUGAGGGUUUGGAUGCGACGGGGGUGGAGGGGUAUCUUGAGUUGGAGUAUACGCGUGUUCAGUGA